AUGCGGUCGCGCCGGCAGCGCGGAGAGGGGCGCGCGGCGGCCCCGCGCUGGGCGCUCUGCCUGCUGCUGGCCGCGGGCUGCCUGCGCGCCGCGCACGGUGCAAGAGCAAAAUGUGAGGAAUCCCAGUUUGCAUGUAGUAAUGGACGCUGUAUUCCUUUACUGUGGAAAUGUGAUGGUGAUGAAGACUGUUCAGAUGGCAGUGAUGAGACGACUUGCGUGAAGAAGACGUGUGCGGAAUCUGAUUUUGUGUGCAACAGUGGUCAGUGUGUGCCGAACCGGUGGCAGUGUGAUGGGGACCCGGACUGCGAGGAUGGGUCCGACGAGAGCGCGGAGCUGUGCCAUAUGAGAACAUGCCGGGUAAAUGAAAUCAGCUGUGGUCCUCAGUCAACCCAGUGUAUCCCAGUGUCCUGGAAAUGUGAUGGUGAAAGAGACUGUGACAGUGGAGAAGAUGAAGAGAAUUGUGGCAACGUGACGUGUAGCCCGGCAGAGUUCACCUGCAGCAGCGGGCAGUGCAUUUCCAAGAGCUUCGUCUGCAACGGCCAGGACGACUGCAGCGACGGCAGCGACGAGCUGGAGUGUGCGCCCCCGACCUGCGGCGCCCACGAGUUCCAGUGCAAGAGCUCCACGUGCAUCCCGGUCAGCUGGGUGUGCGACGAUGAUGCCGACUGCUCGGACCAGUCGGAUGAGUCUCUGGAGCAGUGCGGCCGCCAGCCCGCGCCCGCCGCGAGGUGCUCCGCGAGCGAGGUGCAGUGCGGCUCCGGCGAGUGCAUCCACAAGAAGUGGCGCUGUGAUGGAGAUCCUGACUGCAAGGAUGGGAGUGAUGAAAUCAACUGCCCUUCUCGGACCUGUAGACCAGACCAGUUCAGAUGUGAGGAUGGGAACUGUAUCCAUGGGAGUAGGCAGUGUAACGGUGUGAGAGACUGUCUGGAUGGCACUGAUGAAGCCAGCUGUAACAAUGUCAUUCAGUGCUCUGGACCUGGCAAAUUCAAGUGCAGAAGUGGAGAAUGCAUAGACAUCACUAAGGUGUGUAACCAGCAAAGGGACUGCAAGGACUGGAGUGAUGAACCCCUCAAGGAGUGUAACAUAAAUGAAUGUCUUGUGAACAACGGUGGAUGCUCUCAUAUCUGCAGAGACCUUGUUAUAGGCUAUGAGUGUGACUGCCCCGCUGGUUUUGAACUCAUAGAUAGGAGAACGUGUGGAGACAUUGACGAAUGCCAAAACCCUGGUAUCUGCAGCCAAAUUUGUAUCAACCUGAAGGGUGGCUACAAGUGUGAAUGUAGUCGUGGCUAUCAGAUGGAUCUUGCUACUGGAGUGUGCAAGGCAGUAGGGAAAGAGCCAUGUCUGGUGUUCACCAACCGGCGGGAUAUCAGGAAGAUUGGCCUUGAGAGGAAGGAAUAUAUUCAGCUAGUAGAGCAGCUGAGAAACACGGUGGCUCUAGACGCCGACAUUGCUGAGCAAAAACUCUACUGGGCUGACUUCAGCCAAAAAGCAAUCUUCAGUGCCUCUGUUGAUACCCGUGACAAAGUUGGAAAACACAUCAAAAUCCUCGAAAACAUACAGAGCCCGGCUGGAAUUGCUGUGGACUGGAUUUACAAGAACAUUUACUGGACUGACUCAGCUGCAAAGACCAUUUCAGUGGCUAGUCUAGAUGGCACAAAAAGGAAGGCUCUGUUUUUCUCUGAGCUGAGAGAGCCAGCUUCCAUAGCUGUAGAUCCUCUCUCUGGCUUUAUGUACUGGUCAGACUGGGGUGAGCCAGCGAAAAUUGAGAAAGCGGGAAUGAAUGGAUUUGACAGACAGCAGCUUGUGACAACAGAAAUCCAGUGGCCUAAUGGAAUUGCUCUAGAUCUUGUAAAAAGCCGUCUGUACUGGCUUGAUUCUAAGCUGCAUAUGCUCUCCAGUGUGGACUUGAAUGGCCAGGACCGUAGACUUGUGCUGAAGUCGCAUAUGUUUCUUCCCCAUCCUCUGGCUGUAACAAUAUUUGAGGACCGUGUGUACUGGAUUGAUGGGGAGAAUGAGGCUGUCUAUGGUGCCAACAAAUUUACUGGAGCUGAACUGGUUACUCUAGUGAACAACCUCAAUGAUGCACAGGACAUCAUUGUGUAUCAUGAGCUCGUUCAGCCCACAGGCAAGAACUGGUGUGAAGACAAUAUGGUAAAUGGAGGCUGCAGCUACCUGUGCCUGCCUGCUCCUCAGAUAAAUGAACACUCUCCAAAAUACACUUGUGCGUGUCCUGCUGGAUACUUCUUGCAGGAGGAUGGUCUGAGAUGUGCAGUUUCAGGUGCUGGAACAACUGUGACUUACACUGAGGCUAAAGAUACCAGCACAACAGAAAAAUCUCCAACUGUUGGACUAGUUCCUGGAGGGUUCAACAUCAGCGGCACGGUGUCUGAAGUGGCUGCUGCCAGAGGGACAUCGGCGGCUUGGGCUGUUCUUCCCGUGUUGUUGCUGGUGAUGGCUGCAGUGGCUGGCUACUUCAUGUGGCGCAACUGGCAACACAAAAACAUGAAAAGUAUGAAUUUUGAUAAUCCCGUCUAUCUGAAGACAACCGAGGAAGACCUCACAAUCGAUAUUGGAAGGCACAGCAGUUCCGUAGGCCAUACCUACCCUGCAAUAUCUGUGGUGAGCACGGAUGACGAUAUGGCGUGAGCUUCGGAUCAGCGAUCUCUUCAUGUUUACUUAUAUUUUACACUUUUGGGGAUAAUAACCAGGCUUGUGGCUGAGACUUCCUCCGUUCUUGGAAGAAUGAAGAUACUUUCUGUAUGUAUGGAACACUUAUGUAAAUACCUAUUUUAUACAGCUUAGCAACAAACCUUGUAAAUACCUGUCCACAACAAUUCAGCUUUUAGUGGUUACGGUUUUAUCAGUAACCCUCAAAUUGGUCAGUCAGUAACACCGCUGGCCAAAUAUAAAGCACUUUCCAUAGAAAGCCAUAUUCCAGCCACAACUUGUGCUAUAUACACCUGUACAUAUGUGUAUAAGUCACUUGUAAAUAUUCCUGGAGAAUCACUAUUAAGCACUUUGAAAUAUUUCAAAUGUAAAUUAUUGUACACUGUCUUUUUUUCAAUGGUUGGGGCAAUGGCAAUAGGAAAAAACGGGUUACUAUGAUUGCCAAAAAUUUGUAAACAUAAGUAAUUUUGUAUGUACGACUGAAACAAUCUUGUUUGCUACCUGGUAGAGGUAUACAGGUGUGAAUGCUCUUUGAGAAACCACUGUAAAUCUUAAAUGCAGAGGAGGGGGAAAAAAUAAUAAAAAAAAAAAAAACUAAAAAAAAAGCAAUUAAAUUGGUCUCCCUUCUUAUGAUGUAAGUGGAGUAUUUGGCCAAAAGACCUGUUCAGCUGACUCAUUUUGACCACUUGAAGUACUAGAGCCUUCCCCUUGGAUGCUCACAGGUCUGACCAAUAAAUGUGGCUCUAGGAAGGUGGGAUUCACCUGGCUGCCUAGUCCAGUGCUGGUGGCAUGAAGGCUCUUCCUUAUUCACUACACAAGCCUAGUUCUUUGAGGCAAUGAGGGAGGGAUAAGACUCUCUUAACUUGCAAAUUCAGUGGCCUUCAGGCUACCAGUGGAAGACAGGGCUGGGGAGAAGCUCAGGUCUCCCAGUCAUUCUUGCUCCUGCCUUGGUAAAUCAUUCUCAGUCAAAACACUUCUGAAAUAGUAACAAAAAAUCACAAUAAAAUCUGGAUCAAUUCCUGGGCUUGGUUUUACUGCCUAUUCUCGUUGCAGCUGUUCUUUCUUGUACUGUGAACUCCUUUCCUCACAGAUGGGGAUAGCUGCCAACUUCUGCAAAUUAAAAAUAAGUUGUUUCUAGCGAACUCACAACUCUUCUGGGAGUUGAAGCCUUAACCUGGCAGCUCUUAUGUAUCCACAACAUUUUUAUCUACUUUGCUGACUAGCUUCUGUGAUAAGGUAGGAGAGCUGUGGUGUUUGGGGUGAAUUUUCUUGUUUUUAGUAGACUAAACUUUUAAGGCUUAUUAGUUUUUGGAUGGAAUUCAAAUUUUUUCAAUUAAUUUUCCAGCUCUAGAUAUUACAACAUAUUUCUAUAGAAAUGUUACAGACCCUAAAAUAGAUUUU